AUGAACGCCAACGUCUACUCGAUUGUCUGCUUCCUCUCGUUCCUCGUUCUUUGCAUUUCAGCACAAUUGCACGCUGACAAUGCUGGUGAAGUGGAAGGAGUCGUCGACAAACGCUCACCAUACAGGGCCUUCGCAUUCGCAAAACGUAGUGACGAAGAUCUCGAAUUCCUUGAGAAACGUGCAAGAUACGGAUUCGCAAAGAGAUCUCCAUACAGAACAUUCGCUUUUGCCAAACGUGCCUCUCCGUACGGAUUCGCAUUCGCCAAGAGAGGACAAUUCUCGUCGUUUGCUUAA